AUGUCUAGCAGCACUUUACCUCGUAGACCCAGCAACGAAACGCUCUACUCUUCGUCACCGCACGCGCCCAUCGACAAACGAGAGGCUCGUCGACGACUGAAAGCGCAGCACAGGGCAGGUCAAUACGCGGAUCCGACGCACAUCACCUUGCUCGUCCUUGCACUCGCUCUACUCUACUGGCUGCUUCCGAUCCCUGGCAUCUUUGAGUUCCUGUACUCUAGACGACGACAUACGGCUUGUGCUGGCAACUCGGCAACACCGUCUGUAGCAUUUAAACCGACCAUGCCGUGGCAAAAGCAGUUUACCCUCGGCUCCCGCAGCAAGGGAUGCCACCUCGUUACCAACGAGGUUAUGCCCCACUUGGAGGAAGGUCUCAAGGGCGUCAAGGUCGGCAUCCUGACUCUGUUCAUCCAGCACACCUCGGCAGCCCUGAGCUUGAACGAAAAUUUCGACCGCGACGUCCGAACGGACAUGGAUAUGGCUCUGGACAAGGUCGUCCCCGAGUCCCUGCCGUGGAAGCACACCGAUGAGGGCCCCGACGACUCGGUCUCGCACACCAAGGCAAGCUUGAUCGGCCCGUCGAUCACCAUCCCUAUCACUGACGGCCGCCUCAACGUUGGAACUUGGCAAGGAAUCUAUCUGUGCGAGUUCCGAAAACUGGCUCACAAGCGCAAGAUCGUAGCCACAAUUGUACCCUAG